UGCGAUGCAAACAAUGGACAAAGUGCAAGUGAAAAAAGAGAUACCAUCAGAUGCAAUUCCAGUUUCUAACCAACUGCCAGAAAACUUAGAAGUGUGUUUUGUGUGCGGCAACCGCAGCCACCAGCAGAGUUACUACUUGAACGUCAAACCCGUACCUAACAAGCCGAAAGAGCCGUAUUUCCCUUUUUUGGAGUCCCACGAACCUCCCGCCGGUUACGUGUCCAAAAAUGAGUAUGCCGUCAAGGCUUGCUACCUGUGUUACACGCUUCUAUUGCAACAGUGGGACUCGCAUGAGAUUACGGCUCAGCCCCACUCGCAGAGGCUGUAUUGGCUGAAACGGGUCGACAAUGGCCCCUACACGGGGGCCGACAUGGGGCUUCAGGGGGAGUACGCUGCUCAGGUGCUUGGUCUGAAUAGCGAGGGUGUGGGCUCUGUUGUGCCCAGGCCGGUUGCUCAGAGGGAAGAACUUGUCAAGACCAAGGGUUCGUCGAGGCUGCCCCAGAUGCCCGCUAUAGAACGGGAGGAGCAAGACAUGGUUACCGAAGGAGCUCUAGAUUUGACCCACCCGCAGCCUAUCGUUCAGUCAAUACCCGUGCCCGUGUAUCACAGCCAAAAUUCAAACUCGUCGACCGGCACCGACAUCCUCGACCUCAGCAUGCCCGACAAGAAUUCCAUAACGGAGGUGUGCUACGUCUGCGGUGACGAAUUCAAACGGGGCAGCCUGGACUACGUCGCCUCGAAGAGGUUGGCGGACUUCCCGCCCAACAAACCUUUCUUUCAGAGUUUAAUAGAACACCCCCGCCCGAGCAGGAGCAGACCCAUUGACUCGGCAGGCAGAGUGCAGGCCUGCGUCGACUGCCAGCAACAUUUACUGAAACAGUGGCAGAUGUUCGAGGCUCAGGGCGUGUCGCACGGCGACCGGAAUUACACCCUACGGAAAAGGCAGAGUUCUACGUUGGACACCACCACAUUCAUCUGUUACACCUGCGCGUUGGAGUACCCCUCGAGCAGCAUACGCCUGUUGUAUUCCUGCCCGAACUCGGAGAAGGAGCCGUAUUUUCCGUUCAUACAGACUCUAAAGCCCCCGCCCGGGGCUAGCCCUAUCAGCCCCCAGGGCAUGGUGCAAGUGUGUUCGAUCUGUUACAAGUCUAUACCCCAGAAGCACCAGGUGUUCGGAGGGGACCCGAGCGCGCUGGCUAACAAUCACGUGUCCGUUACCGACGUGCAAUUUCACAAUAGCAACUCCUCGAGGCCCAGCACGGUGAAGUCGCCCGCCAACAGCGCUGGUUCCGACAUUAGGUACAAGCCGUACGACAUCAAUUCCUCCGCCUUGGUGACCAGCAAGAAGAAACAGGCGGCUCUGGAAAACCGGCAGAAUUUGAGGAACCUUUCAACCCGAACGACGUCGCCUCUACCCGACGUAAACGGCCAGGCCGGGGCGCAGAGUUACCGCUGCUACAUCUGUGCCGGGCUGUACCCCCGCACGCAGAUGGAAUGGGUGAGUACCUCCGCGGAGGGCAUGAAUUCCCACGCCAUGCACUUCCCGUGUCUGACGAAAGUGGCCCGCACCUCCGAGAACAGCUGUAUGGAUUCCCACGGCAGGGUGCUGUGCUGCACGAAGUGCGUCAACCACCUCGAACAGCAGUGGAACACUCUGGAAGCGGAUAGGGUACCUUUGGAGAGACGAAGGUACGAUAUUCCUAUACCGGAGGUCGCUUCGAACGGGGACCGGGGCAUCCCCACCCCUCCUAGUACAAACAGCGAGAGGACGGUGUGCAGUAAUAGCAAUCCCGGGACGGGGGGGACGAGCAUAUAUUGUUUCCUCUGCGCACUGCAUUCGGAGUUCACUUUGGCGAGAGUUAUUUAUAGUAAACCACAAGGCAGGAACGCGCCAUAUUUCCCGGCCCUACUGCACAUUAAGAGCCCGCCGAAUGCCGAGCAGUUGAGGGAGGACGGAUCGGCCUUAGUUUGCACGUUUUGCUAUCACAGUCUGGUGAGUCAGUGGCGACGAUACGAAGCUCAGGGAGAACGGGCGCUGCCUGCCGACAGACGGGACUACAAUACGCACGACUACCGUUGCUACGUGUGCGGAAUCACGACUUACCGGAAACGAGUGAGGGCGCUUCUCAUAAAGGACUUCCCUUUUCUGAGAUUUCACCCCCAGCCUGAGCACUCGUUGCUGUUGGAGAACGGCGACUACUCGGUGGUGUGCUUGGACUGUUACGAGACGCUUAGAACGCAGAGUUUAGAGUACGAACGGUGGGGAUUGCCGCUCGAUAAGAGGCAGUACAACUGGAUAACGCAGCCCCCGCCGCCGGAAGACAGCCCCGAGGCGACCGUGGCCAGGUUGCCGAGCGGACAGAGGAGCGACAAAGUGGUUCCUCCUACAUUUUUGGCGAAACCGAACAGGAAAAAUUGCUCACCUAAGAUUGGGGACAGAAAGGGUGCUUCGAAAACUGAGACGGGACCAGCUGUUGCUAACAGUCCAAAACACUCCACCUCUACUAACGGGAGUACAAAACCUAGGGCGUCGACGGGCCACGCGGUACCAGGCCCCGGACCCGGCAAUCCCAACCAGUAUUCCCACUCUUUCGCUGCGGCACUACGUAACUUAGCUCAACAGACUAUUCCUGGUACAAGCGAAAACUCUUCGACGAGCCAACCGGCCUCGGAGUCACAUCGGAGAGAAUCAGCAUCUGUGCCGAUACCAGAGAAGUCCAAAUCCAGCACAGAAGUGCCUACAUUUGGAACAGCCGGAUCGACUUCUAUUCGUUCAUUCGAACCAAGACUGCCCUCAAAUCACGUAGAUAGAUAUCCCACCAGCUCGCUAACUGAACCCAAUAGAGCCGGUUUUCAGCCUUAUAGACCUGAAGACAGAAUACCUUUGGUGCCGGUCGGAAUGGACAUACCAGGUUAUCCGCCUUACGGUGCCUACCCCCCUCUACCUCCGAUGGAAGAUCAAAUUUAUUACGAACGUCUGGGCCUGUUGAGGGCCCCUUGGCCGCCUAUCAGUCACCCGUAUUUGCCUUACAUGUUACCAGGGUCGGCCAUGCCUCUGUAUAUGCACGAAAGACUAAAACUGGAAGAAGAACACCGGCGCCUAGCCGCGGCUCGGAAAGACGAGCACGAGCUUCUGGAACGCGACUUGCAACACCAACGCGAGCGGGAGCACAGAGAGAAAGAGCGUUCUCAAAGAGAAAGAGAGAAAGCCCAGUCUCGCAUCUCGCCACACCUCACCUCGCCCCACAUGACGUCGCAGCCCUCCCUCAUGUUACCCGUACUACACCCGAGCGGCAUGCUACCUCCGACACCCAUUUCCCUAGCCCCCGCAAUGCGACAGUCUCCCCUGAAUUCCGCCUUCUUAACACCCGGCUCUCAGAAUUACCCGAUACCCAGGUCGAGCCCCUCCUUGCAGAGACACUCCCCCAACGUCCACCCGAGUUCAAAUUAUUCCUUGAAUCUCAGCCAACGCCAGAGCCCGGUGAUCCAGCCGUCCGGGCCCCUUAUCAGCAACAUGAACCUCGCCCCUCCCGUAUCUAGUCAGAGCGUCGUCACGAGGUCUUCGCCCAAGCCUCCCACCCCCAAACCUCCCACCCCAAAACAACAGACAAACCCUAAAAGUCCCGUCACGAGUACACCUUCCUCGACUUGCGACAAUGCAGGUGGCGCUGCCAUUCAGACGAGCGUGAAAGUUCCCGAAGAAGGACAGACGACGGCUACGAGCGCAGCCAGGAAGUCUACCAUAGCACCCAAUACAGUAUGUCAAAGCCAAACUGCAACUAAAACUUCUGAUACACCCAAAAGUACUACGGCUUGUGACAUUCCCGGUAAACACAGUGACACACUUAAAGAACACGAUAGCGCCAAGUCAAACAAACUAACUCCCUACUAUAUUGAAUAUAUUGUGCGAGAUCUGCUCGGUACGGACGAACUGAAAGACAAAUCCGACGUACCAACCGGGAAUGACGAGGAUGAAAGGGUGCCUCAAGAGAAAUCGAGCGGUCAAGAAGUGAUGCGUCCGUUAGAAUUAGACCAAGAGAAAAUCGAUCGUUCCGACGUUAAAAUCGGGGAAAACCAAACUCCCGUCGACUGGACGCAAGAUCAAGGAAACGGAAACGAUUUUACCGCAAAGAUGGAACGUGAGACUAGAAGUUCCAGCGACGUAUACACAUUCGCCGACAAGAGUUCAGAAGUUAAACACGCGCUAACGCCCAUAAACAACGUUCCGAGUCUGCAGACACACAGUCCUCAGUUACCAAUACCGUCCCCGAACUACCCCGUGCAGAGCCAGUCUGUGCCGGAGACCAGUAGUUGCCGCAAAACAGUCAACUUACCGAAUACUAUUGUUCCUACGAUAAAUAAUAACUAUAUAACCGCACCUCAGUCAGCUAGUCAUAACGAUUUAAACAAACAAACAGACAGCCAAACACAUUCCAUAGACUCUUUAGGUGAACCUGUAAAUAAAAAUAGUGUAAAAAGUAACGAACGUUUAACCAAUUCUAACUUUAGUGAAUGUAAUGUUAAGGUGAACACUAAACCUGAUCUUGUAAAAAGUAAGUGUUUAAAAAUAAACCCGAAUAAAAAUAAGAGGAGUAGGAAAUCCACCAUAGGCAGGAUGGUGGCUAAUAAUAAAUUGACAGAGAGCAGUUUUACCGUACUUAAUGUGCCCAACAUACCGUUCCACGGGCCUCCCGUGAAACGGCAGAAGUUGAGCAAGAUCGAUAUAGCAACGAUAAGGCAGAAGAUUCGGAGGGACAAGCGAGCUCCUCGGAUCCGACACAAGAAGAAGACGACGCAGGACAGCAAGGUCACCACGGAUUUCGGAGUGACCGUCGUAGGAUACUCCGACAGUUCCAGCAGCAGCAGCGCCUUUUCCAGCUCAGACGGCGAGAGCGAUGACAAGGAAUUGGACCUUUGGAUUACGUCUGGGCCACCCAGCAAACCGGAUUUCAGUUCCGACAAAAUUAAGUUCUUGAAUUUGUUCGAGCUCACCACACACGGUCUGAAAAAUUCCAUAGAAGUGCAAAAGCUAGAGAGAAGGAAAUGGCUAACCCCCGGACUACUUCACGAGAAAGAAGACGAAAAAAUUUUACCUUUAAACUUACCCGUGCCUUCCAAAUCACCUUCUGUUCUGAACAUGGUACCAGAUUUUAAGUCGAAGAAACUUUUCCUAAGACUGCUGGGACUGAAGAACGUCGGUGCCGAUGCUAGACAAGAGAUGGAAAAAAACUGGAUGAAAAUCGUGGAGGAGCGCCUGCGACGGAACUGCGAAUCUUCUCUCACCAAAUACAGCCUAAAAGUGUACAAGACCCCAAAUGAAAACGAGAGUAAAAACGACCUAGCGGACAAUAGUAAUAAUGGCAGCCUCGACAUGUCAAUGUCAUUCAAAAUCCCCAUAGUGCAUCAGUACCACGAACGCAAUGUCAUACUACCCGUUGCUAACCAUGAAGACUGCAAUAGUUUAUCGUUAAAAAGGAACUUUGAAUAUAAUUACGUGCCUCUGGUCCUUGUGGAGAACCAAAACUGCAAGGUGGUUAACUUUCCGAACGACACGAAAGCUUACUGGAGGGACACGCCGGGAAGGGAUCGUAACGCGGAAGCGAACGGAUUGCCGUGGCCCGGCAUCGAGGAUAUUAUGUUGUCGUAUAACAGAUAUGACAAAGAGAGAAGGUACGAGACGGAUCAGUUGAGGCGAAGAUGUUCCUUUAUGAAGGAAGAAAUUACGUUGCAGCAGUGCGGGGCGAAUUUUUACGAGAAGAGACAGCGGGAAUUGCACUCGAUAGUUUUCAUGAACGAGAAGAGGAGGAAACAGUUGCAAAAGAGUAUCGACCAAUUAACUAAUAUAAUAAAUGCUUUUCGGUAACAUACGCUUGAGAAAAAUAUAAAGCAUUUCUGUUUUUGUUGAGUUACGUUGUUGUUCGUUGUUAAAUUAACCAUGUAAAGUAGGACCAAAAUUAAUUUUUAUUAUUUAUGUUUAAGUAGCUAAAUACCUUUUCUGUUAUGACGUUAAACAACUUUAAUCGUACAUUUUUUUUUAUUGAUUUAUUUAUUAAUUUGCCAACGGGGAGGAGACGUUAAAAAAAACUGUGAUGGAAUAUGGUGGG